AUGGCUUCCUUUUUUUUUAUUUCACGAGCCAGCGUGACAGUGAUUCUCAUACUGGCUGGAAUCGUAGUUCUGGUUUUGAUGUACAGUAAGUCAUUACCUCCUCCCAAGUGUCCUCCUACCCCGUUUCAUUCAAAGACAAAGAAGGCUAAUUCUUCCAGCACGGACAAGCCAGUACUGCUGCUGUGGUUCUGGCCUGAAAACAAAAAGUUUGAUUUGAAAGUCUGUAAGAGGCUUUUCAAAAUUGACAGCUGCCACCUCACGGAUGAUAGAUCUUUCUACUCCAGAGCUCAUGGAGUUUUGGUAUUUCACAAGGCUAUCCAUGAUGACCUCUCCAACCUUCCCACCUCAGCUAGAACCCGAUCUCAGACGUGGAUCUGGUUUAACACAGAGUCGCCUACCAACACACGCAGGAUAGAAGGCAUUCAAGGCCUUUUUAAUUUAACCAUGAGCUACAGGAAGGAUGCAGAUAUCAACGUUGAGUGGAAACUGACUCUCAAGAAGGACAAGGAUGAAGAUUUUGUGCUACCUAAGAAGGAACGAUUGCUUUGUUGGAUUGUUGAUAAUGACAUCCAAACAAAGUCAUUGGAGGGAUACAAAUACUACAAAGAGCUUAUUAAACACACUACGGUUGAUGUCUUUAACAGCUCCUCUGCCAAGUUCUCGAAUGGUGAGAACUAUUUCCUGACUAUCAGCACCUGCAAAUUCUACCUUUCCUUUGAGAAUUCAAUUCACAAAGAUUACAUUACAGAAACGUUCAAUGCACCUCUUGUGGCGGGAUCUGUGCCCAUAGUUCUGGGCCCACCGAGAAACAACUAUGAGGAUUUUGCCCCAGGUACUUCCUUCAUACAUGUAAAUGACUUUCCUGAUGCUGCAAAACUGGUUGAGUUCCUGCUAAAGCUGGAAAAGGAUAAUAAGGCUUAUAUGAGAUACUUUGAUUGGCGCCAAUUCUAUACUGCCAGACGCAAUCCUGUUCAGGAGAAUCUUAGGUUUGCACACGCUAUCUGCCAGGCAUGUCAUUACCUGGGCAUGAACAAGAUAUACCGAGUCGUACCUGAUCUGUACAAGUGGUUGUUACUGUGA